UGAUAAUUCCGCAGCGACAACAUCUUAACAACAUGAGGCUACUAAUUGCACUUUUCGUUACGACUAUUCUUGUUCUGGCCAACGCUGGACCUGUGCCACAAAUUAUAGACGGAAUAGUGGCGAAACCAGGUGAAAUUCCUUACCAAAUCUCCCUUCAACUGAGAAAUGGCUCUAGACAUUUUUGCGGUGGAUCGAUUUUAAAUAAAUACUACGUUAUCACAGCUGCCCACUGUGUAGAAAGCAAGCAACCAGGAGAUAUCAAAGUAGUUGCUGGCACGGUUAAUUUGACGAGGCCAGGAUCAGAGUAUCUUGUUAACAAGUUUUACGUUCAUGAAAAAUACAAUAGUUCGGACACGUGGGUGAACGACAUUGCCCUGAUCAAGGUGAAAACCCCGUUCGUAAAAUCUGCUCUGAUAUCUUUCGUGCCCAUGCCCGGUCGCAAUGAAGUCGUUAAAACUAAUGACCCAGCUAUAGUCUCUGGAUUCGGUUGGCUCUCGUAUCAAGCGGAAAGAACAAAUCUUCUGCAUUGGGUAAACAUCACAAUUGCCAGCCAAGAUUACUGCAGGGACAUUUAUGCUGGCUCGCAAACCAUUUACAAGACUCAUCUGUGCGCGUACGACCCUAACGCUGUAAGGGGGCAUUGCAAGGGCGAUUCUGGCGGUCCUUUGAUGGUAAGAGGAAAACUGGCUGGUCUGGUAUCCUGGUCGAGAAAUUGUGCCAAUGUGGUAUAUCCUUCCGUGUACACGCGAGUCAGCUCUUACCUUGAUUGGAUCAAGAAGUAUGCAGUGUAA